UCGGGCCCCGGCGGGUGAGGAGGCGACCCCGCCCCCCGCGGACUCGUGGUCUCGGGGCCUCGGCUCCCUCCUGCGUUUCUGCAGCGCCGCUCCGGGGACCAGGUGGGGGCGCCGACCAGGGCAGCUUGUCGCAUUUCCCUCCCAGACCCAGCAUGAGUGACUUUUCCUGCAAAAAGCGCGAUGACUAUUUGGAAUGGCCCGAGUAUUUCAUGGCCGUGGCUUUCUUGUCGGCCCAGAGAAGCAAAGAUCCAAAUUCCCAGGUCGGAGCCUGCAUCGUGAACGCAGAAAACAAGAUUGUGGGGAUCGGGUACAAUGGGAUGCCCAAUGGGUGCAGCGACGACCUGCUGCCGUGGAGGAGGACAGCGGAGCAUAAGCUGGACACCAAGUACCCUUACGUGUGCCACGCCGAGCUGAACGCCAUCAUGAACAAGAACUCGGCUGACGUGAAAGGCUGUACUAUGUAUGUCGCCUUGUUCCCGUGUAAUGAAUGUGCUAAGCUCAUCAUCCAGGCAGGUAUAAAAGAAGUUAUUUUCAUGUCUGAUAAAUACCAUGAUAGCGACGAGACAACAGCUGCGAGGCUCUUGUUUGAUAUGGCCGGGGUCACCUUCAGGAAAUUCACACCAAAGUGCAGCAAGAUUGUCAUCGACUUUGAUUCCAUUAAUAGCAGACCGAAUCAGAAGCUUCAGUGACUUACAUCUCAUUACAUCUCCAUAAGAUUGGGAUGAUCUCUCUUCUAAGAAGCUACUUGUGCCUUUCAUCUUGAAGUUACACAUAACUUUUUAAUAGCCGUACAGCCAAAGGAGACAUCUAAAGAGCAGAAAGCCUCAAAUCUUCCUGUCUCUCCUGUCACAUGGAAUCUGCAUCUGUUUAAGCUAUUGAUUUAGGGUUUAAAGUAAAGGCGCCUAUACACGGCCAGUCACUCAGGGCUGGCAUGCGGGGCCCCGUCUGGUGUCCCUGGUCUUGCCAAGGUGCUGGCGGCUCUGCAGAAAAGGGAACCCGGUCUCUGUCCUCGGCUGCGCUUCCGUGGCCACCCUGCCCUGCUCGCAUGCUGGAGGGACAAAUAAAUAAUGCCUGUGUUCCUGGCGGGAGGAGCAGGCACACGAGUUGGAGCAUCUGGUCCAAAUGAUGCAUGUCACGCAGCACCCUUGGGAAAAACCAGCCCUGGCGUGACUACAGGAUUUGAAAGUAUUUGCUUUAAAGAGUUGAUGGAAACCCCUACCCAGCCACCCACCCAGAAAAGUAGGGUGGCACAGCUGUUCUGACAGGUGUUGAGCUUAACGCAGCCGGGGUGCUUUCUCUGCUCCUGCUGUGCAGUCUGUGGGCAGGGCCCCUCAGGAAUGCGGCCCCCUGUUAUUACUGCUUAUUUUGGUCUGUGGGUGCCACAGAGCUCUGAGUUUAUCUGCACAGUGAGUGGUUCCUGGGGAGAUGUCUGUUCCACUUUGUUGCCACCAGGACCCAUGUCCUGCAGUGGUGGCAGUGGGGGGGGGGUGUCCCGUGGUGGGGAGGGUGAGGCAGGCACCCCCUUCUUUCGCUGUGUGGAGAUGCUAAAUUUGUUCCGGUCCUGUAAGUGAAAUACGAGAAAAUGAACCACCGCAGAGGUAGUUUAUUCCAGAUCCAUGGCUGGUGGGACCCCCUGUUCUCCCGGCUGAGGCCUUGAUCAACCCCGUCUCACCAUCCUGACCAUUGGCCUGGGUUCCUCUGGCUGUGCCUGCUGGCUAGAAUCACAUCUUUUCAUGAAACAGUAAUACUCAGUGCCUUUGUUAUUAAAUGUUACUAAAAAUGUUAUUAAAAUCUUCAUAAAACAUUAUCAAGUAUUUGUUAUAAU